AUGUCAAAUUCAGAUCAAAUUUCAACAAAUUCAACUAGUUCUGGAUCACCAGUACCCAACAAUUCUUCAUCUCCAUCAUCUUCUUCUUCUUCAACAACUGCACAUUCAACAUCAUGGACAUCAUUUUUAAAAUCUAUUGCUUCAUUCAAUGGUGAUUUAUCUUCACUAACUGCCCCACCAUUUAUAUUAUCACCUACUUCAUUAGUUGAAUAUUCACAAUAUUGGGCCGAACAUCCAGAUUUAUUAAUUGCUGCAAAUAAAUUAACUUAUAACCCUGAAACUUCAUCAUCUGAAGUAAUAGAUGCUAUAACUUUAAAAAGAAUGAUUGCUGUAACAAAAUGGUUUAUAUCAACUUUAAAAUCUCAAUAUUGUUCAAGAAAUGAAAGUAUGGGUAGUGAAAAAAAACCAUUAAAUCCAUUUUUAGGUGAAGUAUUUGUUGGAAAAUGGGAAAAUAAAGAAUUGGGGGAAACUUUAUUAUUAAGUGAACAAGUUUCUCAUCAUCCUCCUGUUACAGCUUAUGCUAUAAAAAAUUCAAAAAAUAAUAUCUUGUUACAAGGUUAUAAUGGUAUAACAUCAAGUAUUUCAACUACUUCAAUAAAUAUAAAACAAUAUGGUCAUGCAUUAUUAGAUUAUAAAGAUUUAAAUGAAAAUUAUUUAGUUACUUUACCACCAUUACAUAUUGAAGGUUUAAUUACAGCAGCUCCAUUUGUUGAAUUAGAAGGUAAUUCAUAUAUACAAGCAUCAAAUGGUUAUUAUACAGUUAUAGAAUAUAGUGGAAGAGGUUGGGUAUCAGGUAAAAAAAAUACUUUUAAAGCAAGAAUUUAUCGUGAUUCUUUUGCAAGUUCAUCAAAAGAUAAUGCUUUAGUUACUAUAAGUGGUCAAUGGUCAGGAAAAUCAUAUAUUGGAAAAGGUGGAUCAACUCCUCAUUCAAAAUCUUCAGAAUUAUUUUAUGAUGCAAAUUCUAUAAAACCAGAUCAUAUAAUUGUAAAACCAAUUGAAGAGCAAUUACCUUUUGAAUCAAGAAAAGCUUGGUUUAAAGUAGCAGAAGCUAUAAAAAAAUCAGAUUAUAAUUUAAUUGCACAAGAAAAAUCAAAAAUUGAAAAUGAACAAAGAGAAUUAAGAAAAAAUGAAAAUGAAAAAGGUUUAAUUUGGUCAACAAGAUGGUUUGAUCCAAUAGAUUAUAAUGAAUUUGAUAAUAAUAAAGAUAGAGAUUCCAACUUACAACCACCUGAUAAAUUUAUUAAUUUAACCAAUCAAGCAAAUUUAUCUAUUCAUAAUGCUCCUUCUGGUUCUGUUAAAAAAUCAAAAUAUGAUCAUGGAGAUGCAAAGCAUUGGAGAUUUAAUCCGGAAAAGUUUAAAGAAAAUGGGAUUAAAAUAUAG